AUGGCGGGAUUUGUUCACGAUAUUCAAAAAAAACAGCAUAGAGAAAGAGCCCAACCUCAAAAAAGAAAGCGGUUGGGAUUUCUUGAAAAGAAAAAGGAUUACAGACUCAGAGCACAGGAUUAUCAUAAGAAGCAAGCACAGCUUAAGAUAUUGAAGCAGAAAGCGAAGAAUUACAACGAGGAUGAAUAUUAUCAUGCCAUGACAACAAAGAAAACAGAUAGUCGAGGAAUUCUAAUCAGUGAGAAAGAUACUGAGAUACUUUCCAACGAUGAGAUACUUUUAUUGAAGACACAGGACACUGGAUACCUUAAUACUAUGGCGCAAAGAGAAGCCAAAAAGAUUGCCAAAGAGUUGAAUGAUAGCAGCACGUUCAAAAGUGCUGGACAGCAUACGGUGUUUGUUGAAUCCAGACAAGAGAUGGAUGAUUUCGAUGCUGUCAAGUACUUCGACACCGAUCCAUCUCUAUUAUAUAAGCGAGAGAACAGGCUUCGAGUUCGUCAAUUGAAUGGAAGAGUGGAUGAGACAGUGGGUGGAACAGUGGGUGGAACAGUGGAUGGAAUAGUGGAUGAUUCUCCGAUUGUGGGUGAAUCAGGAGAUGCUGAAGGUUAUUCCAAGGAGGAAAGAGAUCUUAACAAGAUCAAGAAGUUGAAUAGUUUACAGCAGAGAAUACAGAGACAGAAGAAGUUGAGACAUUUGAACUCAAGACUAGAGUUCCAGAAAGAACUCAUGAAAGGCGGUAACAGAAAGAAGAUAGAGACCAAGGAGGGAGUGACAACAUUCAAAUGGAAGAACCAGAGGAAGAGAUAA